CAUGAUAUCCCCCAAAAACAAUAACAUGGAGGGUCAAGAAAAAUAUCAGUGUGAAGUCUGUCAAGCUAAUGUAUCAAAAUACAAAUGUCCAAAAUGUAUCAUCAAAUAUUGUUCUGUCAGCUGCUACAAGUUACACAAAGAAAGUGUUUGCAAGCCAUUGUUAACCCAAUCACAAAACAAAGAAGCAGGAGUCCCAGCUGAAUCAGAAGGAGUUCCUCAGAAGAUACCUGACCUUGACCUUGAGGAGACAGAAGACAGAGUAUCACCCGAGACACUUCAAUGUCUAAGAGAGAAUCCUGACCUACUAUUGUCCUUGGAGAACCCCCACCUGCGGUCCCUCAUGACAGACCUGGUGGCCACCCCUUCCCCCUCACAGGACAUGGACAGGGUGAUGAAGGAACCUAUAUUUCUGGAGUUUGCUGACCACUGCCUGAAAGUCAUGGACAAUAACUGUCAGACCAAAUCACCUGAAGACUGAUGUGUUCAAAAUAGAAAUGGAUAGACAGAUUUUCUUUUAAAUCAUUAUAAUUUUAUCUCAGUCACACUUUCUGGAAACAAUAAUAAUUUUCCCGACCUGCUUUUUGGCAUGCUUACAAAUUGUUUCUUAAUAUUUCAGAGGAGAUACAUUUCUUUUAUUCUAAUAUGUUUCUUGGUGAAAAUCUCUUUUUAAACUUUGACUUCUGGCGUUUGUUAGAAAAUUAUACAAAGUGUGCACAGAUUAUUGUAGCCAUGGCACAUACAGUUUUCAGAUUGAGCUGUUAUUGUGAUCUUGAGUUAGGGACUAGAUCAGUUGAUCCAUGUACAAUAUGUACUGGUGCUAAUAAACAUAAUUUUUUUGUCAGAGUUACUUUGAAGAUAUUGUAUACUUUGUGACAUGGUUUUUCCUCAACAACAGUCUGAUUCUUAAUAUUGUCAUUAUCAAGUGCAGCAUUUAAACAUGAAUCAGUCAGAUUGAAAUUAGAUUGAAGUCUUCUGUUUUAAGAAAAAAAAUUCAGCAACAGGUGUUAUAAACCAGUUUUUAAUA